AAGAGCGGAGGCAGAGCAACCGCAAUUGCUUCUCCUCGGCAUGGAGAAAACGGGAGAUCCCGCGGCUCCGCUCCUUCCGCCUCAUUAUCCGCCGGCGACGGAGCCGUGUUACGGCGUCCCAGCCGCAGCAGCUGCCCUCCAGGAACCCUACUUCCCGGAACCCCCGGCCUACGUGCUUCUCCCCUUCUACCCCCGCCGCCACCGCCGCCGCGGACGCUGCCACUGUUGCGGCUCCCUCUUUUCAUCCUCCGCCCUCCUCUCGUCGGCCUUCCUCCUCGUCAUCCUAUGUUCCGCCGCCUUCUUCCUCUGGCCCUCCGACCCCCAGCUAACCGUCGCCCGCCUCCGGUUCGACGACCUCCGCGUCACCCGGUUCCCCUUCGCCACCAUUGAUGUCGUCCUUAGCGUCGACCUCAUGGUCCGUAACCCGGACUUUUUCUCUCUCGACUACCGCUCCAUCGUGGUCUCGAUCGGGUACCGCGGGAGGCCGCUUGGCUCCGUCACGGCUGACGGCGGCCACGUUAGGGCGCGGGGAGUCUCGUACGUCCACGCCAAGCUCGAUCUCGACGGGAUCCGCGUGUUGAAUGAUGCCAUCUAUCUGAUCGAGGAUCUCUCUAGGGGAUCACUGCCUUUGGACACCGUCACCGAGGUGCAGGGUCGGUUGCGGCUGUUCUUCUUCGACGUCCCCGUUCAGGGAAAUGUUUCGUGUGCAUUGAAUGUCAAUCUAGAAAACCAGGAAGUCAUUCGUCAAGACUGCUACUCUGAGUGAUCUCUGAUACUUGAAGUGGAGGAUUCAGGUGGAUGGUUCAGAAGAAUUUGUUUCCUUGUCAUGUAAAGAUUUUCUGCAUGCAUCAUAAUGUAUAUGAAGUAAAACAAAACAUGUAUGUGAGAUAUGAAUAUUUGUCCAGAAAACAUAUAAAGAAAAGUGUUGUAAAUAAAUGGUGCAUUUGGCUCUUGUGACUGGUGAUUAUCUAAUGUUGAACUCAGAAUUCCUAGCUGA